AUGUUGCCGAUCACGUCCUUCCCGCGCCGCUUUGUGACCUCCAACAAGCGCCAUUUUGCCCGUGCGCUCUCUGCGGUGUCGACUCCUACGGGGCCACUCGGUCAUCACCAGAAAGCCCCGAAGGAGUUGCCUCGCCGUGACCGUGCUCAGCACGUCCAUGUGCGGGCGCGCCAGAACACGAAUGACGAGGUGGCGAUCACGAUCGAGGCUGCAUCCGGAAUCCAGCCCGAGGUCGACUGGUACACGACAACGCCGCGCACGCCAUUCAACGACCCUGCGUUCCCCGGCCUCCUCGACGACGGGCGACUGCAUUCAGUCGCCAUGACGAACCUCGCCACGUGCACGCGCCAGGACGUUCUCGACUACUUGGACAACACGUGGGCACUCACGGACAUGCUCUUCUCGAGCUUCCAGAACGAAGAGGCUUUUGUCGUCCCGCCCCCGCACGGCCUACGUCACCCGAUGGCCUUUUAUUACGGGCACCCGACCUGCUUCUACGUCAACAAGUGCCGCCUCGCCGGCCUGCUCCAGGGUCCUGUGAACCCGGGCUUCGAGGACCUAUUCGAGGUCGGCGUUGAUGAGAUGCGCUGGGACGAUAUGUCCAAGAAUGAGAAGGAAUGGCCGUGCCUCCACGAUAUGCAAGCGUAUCGGCGCCAGGUGUACGGCCUCAUCAAAUCGAUUGUGCUGUCGCACCCAGAGCUCGAGGAUGGCCACGCACCGAUUACGCCGGCGUCGCAGACUUGGGCGCUUUUUAUGGCAAUGGAGCAUGACCGUAUCCAUCUCGAGACGUCGUCGAUGCUCAUGCAAGAGCACAACGUUGAUAACUUUGAGAAGCCGGCGCUCUUCCCGGCGUAUCACGACAGCGCCAGCCGCGUCCGAUCCAAGGUACCAGUCGAAGGCACCGACUUCCCGUCCAACUCGAUGGUUACCGUUGCCGGCGGGGCCGUGCACUUGGGGAAGAACACGAGUUACCCGUCGUUUGGCUGGGACAACGAGUACGGCGCCAAGGACGUUGAGGUCGGGCCGUUCCGUGCAUCGUCGCAGCUCGUGUCGAACGGCGAGUUCUGGCAGUUUGUCAAGGACUCCGGGUAUCUCAAUCCCUCGUACUGGACGACAACGGGGUGGGCGUGGCGCUCAUACCGCAACACGAAAUGGCCCGCCUUUUGGCGCCCAGACGGUCCGCAAGGCAGUCACGAGUACAUGCUCCGAGCCAUUUUCGACGAAAUUCCGAUGCAAUGGAACUGGCCGGCCCAAGUCAACCUCCAUGAAGCGCACGCAUACUGCAAGUGGAAGCAAGCCAAAGACGAGGCGUCCGACGAAGUGUACCACGUGCUCACGGAGCCGAUGCACCACCUCAUGCGCGAGGAGCACGAGCGGGCCAACGACCAGAGCGACGCGAUCUUGAAGCUGCCGGCAGCUGCGACUAUGGCUUCCGCGUUGGGCCGCAACACGAACGUGGCGUUUGCAAGCUUUACACCCGUCGAUGCACACCCCGCGAACAGCAACGGCUUUCGAGACGUCUUUGGCAACGCGUGGGAGUGGUGCGAGGACCGCAUGAGCCCGCUUCCGGGCUUCGAGAUCCACCCGGUCUACGACGACUUCACCGUGCCGUGCUUUGACGGCGAGCACCACGUAAUCAUGGGCGGCUCGUACAUGAGCAGUGGCGACAACGGUGGCUCCAAGUUUGCGCGGUACCAUUUCCGUCCGCACUUUUUCCAGCACGCUGGCUUCCGCGUUGCAGCGUCGCCGGUGGAUACUUCGACCGACAGCUACGAGCUCGUGACCUCGUGCCUCAACGCGCCCGGGCCCCACGCCAAGCCGCAGCCGUACCGCACUUCGUCAAUCGUCAAGCCGCGGGAGCUUGGCGUGACUUCACCGCUGGCGUUGUGCUCAACGAAUUGCCGGUGA